AUGGACAGCAGUUAUUCGAAAUUAGACGUAUUAGAUGGGUACCAUCGAUCCAGAAACCCAUAUUCGAGAUUAAUCUCACCCGAUCACACAGACGGGGCCUCGAAUUUGCAAAAUGUAGAAGAUUUAGAUGCCGAAGAUGGCCUCGAUUUGGACGAUUUACCCCUAAUCUUUGGUGAAAGAAAAUCGGGGUCGGGAUUAUACGGUGCCGUUUUCAACCUAACGACCUCAAUUAUUGGGGCGGGCAUCAUGGCCCUUCCGGCCACAAUGAAAGUCCUGGGCCUUGUCUUGGGAGUGACUUUGAUUUUUUUGAUGGGGAUUUUAUCUGAAAUCAGCGUCGAGUUAUUAGUCCGAUUUGCGGUCCAGUGCAAAGCGGCUUCAUACGGGGAGGUUGUGCAGACUGCAUUGGGCAGAACUGCUAGGGUUUUGUCUGAAAUUUGCAUCAUUGUUAAUAAUGCUGGAGUUUUAGUCGUUUACUUGAUUAUAAUCGGCGAUGUUAUGUCGGGAUCCCUUCAUCACAUGGGCGUUUUCGACCAGUGGUUUGGCCAUCAUGGGUUUUGGGAUCAUCGGAAAGUGCUGAUUUUAGUGGUUUUGGUGCUUUUUCUUGCACCUUUGUGCUCAUUGGACAAAAUUGACUCCCUGAGUGGGACCUCGGCUGCCUCUGUGGCGCUCGCGGUCGUUUUCGUUAUUGUCGUGUUUGUUGUGGCUUUCAUCAAGCUGGUCGAGGGGAAAAUUGAGCCCCCAAGGAUGUCACCUGAUUUCGGGUCCAAAACGGCUCUUCUUGAUUUCCUUGUGGUUAUUCCUAUCAUGUCUAAUGCUUAUGUGUGCCAUUUUAACGUUCAGCCAAUUUAUAACGAGCUCGAAAGCCCUUCACCUCAGAAAAUGUGCCAAGUGGGGCGAAUAACGACUAUUAUUUGUGUUUUGGUAUAUGCUUCGACUGCCGUUGCUGGAUACUUGCUCUUUGGGAAAGAUACCGAAUCGGAUGUGCUUACCAACUUUGAUAGGGAUCUAGGCAUCUCGUUUAGCUCGGCUUUGGACUAUAUAGUUCGAAUUGGCUACGUUUUUCAUUUGGUUUUGGUUUUUCCUGUGAUCCAUUUCUCCUUGAGACAGACAGUGGAUAAUUUGAUUUUUGAAGGAUUGAAUCCCCUCCCAGAGAGUAGGAAGAGGUGUUUGGUUUUGACUUUUGUGCUUUUGGGGCUUAUAUAUUUCGGAUCGACCAUGGUUCCUAACAUCUGGACGGCUUUUAAGUUUACGGGGGCAACAACAGCUGUCUCCUUGGGUUUUACUUUUCCGUCUUUGAUUGCAUUAAGGUUAGGUAAAGAGGGAAACUUGUUGAGUUGUGUGGAGAGAUACUUGUCUUGGCUGAUGUUGACUCUGGCGGUUAUAGUUAGUGUUCUUGGUGUGGUUGGGAAUAUUUUUAGCAUAGAAAACGAUUCUUGA